UUUCGUUUGAUCCGACUAUUAAAUACAAAUAGCACAGAUUUAAUCCCAUCAUUGGCUUGCGUGCUCGUUCUUCUUGCUCUUGUUCAUCCAAUUUUCCUUUGAAAUUCUCGGGAUUCUUGUCUUCUCAAUCCUCUACUGGUUCUGGAGUUUCUAGCUAUGGCGAAGCGUACAUCUGAUCUGCUUGGCCAUGUUCGUCCUGCUCACGAGCUUGACCCCAAUGCCUUGCUCCGCUACUGCUCCUCCAACGUUCCUGCUUUUCCUCCCUUCCCAUCUAAUUUCCGCGUCUCUCAGUUCGGACAUGGCCAAUCAAACCCCACUUAUCUAAUCGAAGUUACUUCCGGAGCUUCUUCGAUGCGGUAUGUUCUGAGGAAGAAACCUCCCGGGAUCCUGCUCCAGUCUGCUCACGCCGUCGAGAGGGAGUUUCAGGUUCUUCGAGCAUUGGGUGAUCACACACAGGUGCCAGUUCCUAAAGUUGUCUGUCUGUGUUCUGAUUCAAGCGUAAUUGGUACUCCAUUUUAUAUUAUGGAGUACUUGGACGGACGAAUAUUUUUAGACCCCAAAUUGGAGGGAGUUGCUCCUGAAACUAGAAGGGCAAUAUAUUUAGAAGCUUCCAAAAGUUUAGCUUCUCUACAUUCAGUUGAUGUAAAUGCUAUCGGUCUAGGAAAAUACGGGCGGCCAGAGAAUUACUGUAAGCGACAGAUUGAGAGGUGGGCAAAACAGUAUAUUUCAUCAACCAGUGAGGGUAAAGUAGAUGGAAAUCCAAAAAUGUUUGCACUAAUUGACUGGCUACGAGCACAUAUUCCUUCAGAAGAUUCGUCAGGUGUCGCAGCUGGCUUAGUUCAUGGAGAUUUUCGAAUUGAUAAUCUUAUAUUUCAUCCCUUUGAGGAUCGAGUGAUUGGCAUUCUUGAUUGGGAACUAUCCACGGUGGGAAAUCAAAUGUGUGAUGUUGCUUAUUUCUGCCUGCCUUACAUUUUGGACUUGCACUCGGACCUUCCAAAUACAGCAAAUGGUUUUAACAAUAUUGGAACUUUAGAUGGGAUUCCUUCAUUAGCAGAAUAUUUGGCUCAUUACUGUUCUGUCGCUGGAAAACCAUGGCCAUUUUCUGCUUGGAAGUUUUAUGUCGCCUUCUCCAUUUUCCGAGGAGCUGCAAUCUAUGCUGGAAUUUACAGUCGAUGGAUUAUGGGAAAUGCAUCAGGAGGUGAGAGUGCUCAGAAUGCUGGAGAAAAAGCAAGUGCUUUCAUUGAUGCUGCUUGGGCAUUUAUUGAACAAAAAUCUUUGCUUCCUGAGAAUCCCCCAUUAGAUUCAAUUGUACAAGUUGAUUCACAACAUACCAGGAAGGAGAAUGAAGAAUGGGGCAUUCUCAAAGAUGGAGGAAAGUUUGUCCCCAGUAAAAAGGUCAUGGAGUUGAGAACCAAAUUGAUUAAGUUCAUGGAAGGUCAUAUAUAUCCUAUGGAAAAUGAAUUUUAUAAACUUGCUCAGUCUUCCUCACGCUGGACCAUUCAUCCAGAGGAAGAGAAACUAAAGGAGAUGGCUAAGAGAGAAGGCUUAUGGAACUUGUGGAUACCUUUUGAUAGUGCUGCUAGAGCAAGGAAACUGCUUUUCAAUGGAACUAGCCACAUCCUUCCUGCUGGUGUGGACAAUCUUCUUCUUGGUGCUGGCCUCUCCAACCUUGAAUAUGGAUACCUCUGUGAGAUAAUGGGUCGAUCUAUUUGGGCACCUCAGGUGUUUAAUUGUGGCGCACCUGACACUGGAAAUAUGGAGGUAUUGUUGCGGUAUGGCAACAAACAACAACUGCAUGAAUGGCUCAUUCCUCUGCUUGAAGGAAAGAUACGGUCUGGAUUUGCAAUGACUGAACCCCAGGUUGCAUCCUCUGAUGCAACAAAUAUUGAGUGUUCAAUUACAAGGGAAGGAAAUACCUUUGUCAUCAAUGGAAGAAAAUGGUGGACAAGUGGAGCGAUGGAUCCGAGGUGCAAAAUCCUUAUAGUUAUGGGAAAAACAGAUGUUACCGCUACUCUACAUAAGCAACAGUCCAUGAUCAUAGUUGACAUCCAGACUCCAGGUGUAAUUAUUAAAAGACCACUCACAGUAUUCGGCUUUGAUGACGCACCUCAUGGCCAUGCUGAGAUAAUAUUUGACAAUGUGCGUGUUCCUGCAACGAAUAUUUUACUUGGAGAGGGUCGUGGAUUUGAAAUUGCGCAGGGUAGGCUUGGUCCAGGAAGGCUGCACCAUUGCAUGAGGUUGGUAGGAGCUGCAGAGCGAGGUAUGCAGUUGGCAGUUCAGAGGGCCCUUAGUAGAAGAGUGUUUGGAAAGUUGAUUGCGGAGCAGGGUUCCUUCCUUUCAGACAUCGCCAAGUGUCGUGUGGAACUUGAGAAAACGAGAUUGCUGGUUUUGGAAGCAGCUGAUCAGUUGGAUCGGCUAGGAAACAAGAAAGCACGUGGAACAAUUGCAAUGGCCAAGGUUGCAGCUCCAAAUAUGGCAUUGCAGAUUUUGGACAUGGCAAUGCAAGUCCAUGGAGCAGGUGGCCUGUCUUCUGACACCGUUCUUGCUCAUCUCUGGGCUUCUGCAAGAACCUUGAGAAUAGCAGAUGGCCCUGAUGAAGUUCAUUUGGGAACCAUCGCCAAGUUGGAGCUUCGAAGAGCCAAGCUUUGAAAAUUAAAAGGAAAAUUCUAGGUACCAUUCAUUAGAAGAGGAUAUUAGGUGAUAAAACCUGUGAAAGGUUAAGGAAUAAGAUAAAGAAGGGAAAUAAAAGGAAGAAGAGAACUGAGUCGAUGAUUCUUCUGUUUUAUAUUGAUGAAAUCUGUUCUCGUGUAUAUUUCUGUUUAACUGGGGGAUCUGUAAGCUCAUGUUGUCACUAUUUUUAUUAUUUAUAUUGAGUUUAAUACAAUAUUCGCGAUAAGAUAUA